AUGCUUCUUCAGCGUAAGUUGGCUGCUGCUGCGGACAAGGAGUUCCUUCUUGCAGGAGUCCGACAGCAAGCCUUUGGCUUGCAUCUUCUGUCAGCAGAAGCGUGUAGCGAUCGUGACAUCGUCUUCGCAGCCUUGGAGCAGAACGGUUCUGCUUUGCGACAUGCGGCUCCAGUGCUGCAAGCCGACAUCGAUGUGGUGUCUGCCGCGCUGCGACGGGAUGGCUUCGCGAUCUUUUUUGCAGAUCCAGGGGUGCAAGACAGGGAGAUCCUCCUGCCAGCUCUGCAGCAUCACGUUGCUCGAGUUAGGCUGUGGCGAUGCCAAGCACAUGCGCUGGACUGUUGGCAGAUCUGCGAGCUCGUCCAACAGUGCCUAGUUCUAGCCCGGAGAAGUCUGGACAAGCUACAGCCAGAUGAAGGCCUUGCUUUGGAGAUCCUCAGAUUGGAGUGUUGCAUGCGAGAGCUGGCGGCGGCGUUUCCUGCACUUCGGGAGCUUUUUGCGGCUGAGCUGACGGAUUCCCUUUUCCAGCUGCCUCGCCGGCAUGAGCUGAGAUCGAGCAGAUCCUUUGUGGAUUCGGCGGUCAAAGACAAUUUGUUCUUUCUCCAUCAUGCAUCCGGCGAGCUCCAGAGAGAUCGGCGGCUUGUGCUGCGUGCCUUGAAGCACGACCGCUUCUCCUUACAGCAUGUUCGCGAGCAUCAUCUUGCUGAGUUUGAGAAGCUCCGACGUGAUCCGCGGGUCGUCCGGGAAGCUCUCAGACACGACUCCUGGGUCCUCGGGUUGGCUUCCGAAGAACUGAGGGCAGACAAGCGCCUGGUGCUUUUUGCAGUCGCACAAAACUUUGCUGCCUUCGAAUUUGCGCACAAAGACCUACGGUCAAGCAAGCGAUUCGUGCUGUGUGUGGUGCGUGUCGCAGGCUAUGCACUACAAUAUGCAGAUGCAAACCUGCGUGCAGAUGGUGACGUCGUCCUAGAAGCUGUGCGUCAGAAUGUGUAUUCGAUGGAGUUUGCAGCAGACGAGCUGAAGGCAGACAGGGCCUUCAUUUUGAAGGCAAUGAGGUUCAACAGCGCAGUGCUGGAGCUUUCGGCAGAGGUCAUCAAAGCUGACAAGGACUUCAUGCUGGAAGCGCUCAAGCUCAGCACGGAAGCGCUGGGGCGUGCGGACGAAACGAUCAAGUCCGACAAGGAGGUGGUGCUGCGUGCUAUCGAGCAGAACACCCUGGCAGCAUAUGAUGCAGCAGGAUCGGCCUUGGACAAGGAUGUUGUGCAGGAGGCUGCCCAUCGCAAGGGGCCCCUGUGUGGUGAGAUCAUCGCCGAGAUUAAGGAAGCUCGCAAGCUGCCGUUUCGGAGCCGAGAGCCUGAAUGGUUUGUGGAGCUCUACAACUCCAAGUUCUCCUAG